GGUCUCGGGCCCUCAGGCGGAGCGGCGGGCGCCGGACCCCCAGGCGGAGCGGCGGGCACCGAGUCACCAGGCACGACAGUGGGCUCCGAGUCAACUGGUAUGACCGCAGGCACUGGGUCAGACAUUGUAUGGUCUGGCUGGACAGCGGGCAUCGGGUCACCAGGCAUCAGGUCAUUUGGCUCGACAGCGGGCACCGCGUCAUCUGGCAAGGCAGUGGGCUCCGAGUCAACUGGUAUGACCGCGGGCACUGGGUCAGACAUUGGAUCGUCUGACCGGACAGCGGGCAUCGGGUCACCAGGCAUCAGGUCAUUUGGCUCGACCGCGGGCACCGCGUCAUCUGGCAAGGCAGUGGGCUCCGAGUCAACUGGUAUGACCGCAGGCACU